ACAGUCAGUGUUUAGGGCCCUGUGAGUAUGCAAUGGUUUCAAGUGAUCCUCAUCAAGCGAUCUUUUUCGUUCUAUCGUUUAAUCAAUUAUUGCUCUCGGUUUAGCCAGAUUAUAUCCAGAUUUUGGGCAGGCGCGAUGAUUAUCGAAAACAAGCCCGAAGUACGUCAUUAGCUAUCCAUUGCGCCUGUGCAAUUCUUCUACCAACAACUGCACCCGACCAGAGUCAUAACAAUCGUCCAAAUAAAUAAUUUUGACCAAAGCCAAACUGGUCAUUAAAGCCAGCCUGUGCGUGGGAUCUUGGUUUUCUCGAUAACCUAACACAAAGCUAAAUAGUCUGGAGACAUGAUUUGGAAAUUAUAAAUUCAUGAAGGAUAACACGGGUAUCAAUAUCCACCCUGUCGAAGAUUCGGUGAAAAUGGGCGAUUAUGCACCGAAGAGGUUUUUUUCCCCCAAAAUAUAGUGAAUGAUUCAACUGGCCGAAAAGGACGAACAGUAUCGCAGUUCCCGAAACGUGAAGUGACACAUUAAUCUCCAAAUUGGAUACUAGCUAGACAGCUACGCCACUGUCCACAGAUUGCUAGUUGAUCACUACUGCCAACCAUCUUCCGAUUCGGAUCGAUCGGCUAUGGCUGGUAACAUCACCAGCUCGGCUGCAAGCUAGUUUGCUAAAUUAGCGAGGCUAACGUUGUUGCCAUCAACAACGUCCGUUCAGAACUUGGAAUCAUUUCCAUUUGACAACGCAACGCAAGCUUGCUAGUUAGCAUUUGAAGUAUAUUUGGUUUCGUGAAUUUUGCCUUUUUUAAACUUAAUGUCCGAAAGCGCAAGCCUGCUAGUUAACGAUAGCUACUUGCUUAGGCAGCUGCAGACGGCUAGCUAGCGGCUAUCAACAUCUGCAGACGACCGAUGCAAUGGUCGCAUUGUUAACUGUUUUGGUAGAGGAAUGCUCAUUGCGUGGAUAUUCUGAGGCAGCGGGCCGCACAGAAUAUUGCACCUCUCAGUUCCAACCACGGGCCACACUAUAUACUGUUUUGAUGUGAAGAGUGGCCGUGAACACACAUCGCUCGCUGGCUGCAAGAUAGCGCACGAAGACGAACUGCUGAAGCUAUGCAAGCGGCCCAGGUUCAGUACGACUUUUUCAGCGAGGAGAACGCACCGAAAUGGCGGGGGCUAUUGGUACCCUCCCUGAACAAGGUGCUGAGCCAGGUGCAUCCCAAGCUGUCGUCCCAGGAGGAGGCGCUGCAGUACAUCGAGGAGCUGAUCCUGCUGCUGCUCAGCAUGCUCUGCCAGGCACAGCCACGCAGCGUGCAGGACGUGGAGGAGCGAGUGCAGAAGAGUUUCCCUCACCCUAUCGACAAAUGGGCUAUCGCCGAUGCCCAGGCGGCCAUUGAAAAGAGGAAGAGGAGGAAUCCUUUGGCCUUGCCCGUGGAUAAGAUCCACCCGCUGCUCAAGGAGGUACUAGGGUACAAGAUUGACCACCAGGUGUCAGUGUACAUCGUGGCCGUGUUGGAGUACAUCUCAGCAGACAUCCUGAAGCUGGCAGGGAACUACGUGAGGAACAUCCGCCAUUACGAGAUCUCCCAGCAGGACAUCACCGUGGCCAUGUGUGCCGAUAAGGUUCUGAUGGACAUGUUCCACCAGGAUGAGGAGGACAUCAGUGGUUUCCCCCUGAUGGACGAGGAGCCAUCCACCAAUGAGGAGCAGACCUACUACGACCUGGUCAAGACCUUCAUGGCCGAGGUCCGACAGUACCUGCGCGACCUCAACCUCAUCAUCAAGGUGUUCCGCGAGCCCUUCGCCUCCGACGCCGUGCUUUUCCCCCACCAUGACGUGGAGAACAUCUUCAGCCGCAUCGUGGACAUCCACGAGGUCACCCUUAAGCUGCUGGGCCUUAUUGAAGACACGGUGGAGAUGACAGAUGAGGGGAGCCCACACCCGCUGGUGGGCAGCUGCUUUGAAGACCUGGCCGAGGAGCUGGCCUUCGACCCCUACGAGACGUAUGCUCAAGACAUCCUGCGGACUGGCUUCCACGAUCACUUCCUCAACCAGUUGUCUAAACCGGGAGCUGCCUUCUACCUCCAGUCUAUAUGCGAAGGCUUUAAGGAAGCAGUCCAGUACGUCCUGCCCCGGUUGCUCCUCACGCCGGUCUAUCAUUGUCUCCACUAUUUCGAGAUCUUAAAGCAACUAGAGGAGAAAAGUGAGGACGAGGAGGACAAGGAGUGUCUGAAACAGGCCAUCACGGCGCUGCUCAAUCUGCAGAGUAGCAUGGAGAGGAUCUGCUCCAAGAACAUGGCCAAGAGGAGGCUGAGCGAGUCGGCCUGCCGCUUCUACAGCCAGCAGAUGAAGGGCAAGCACCUGGCCAUCAAGAAGAUGAACGAGAUCCAGAAGAACAUUGACGGCUGGGAGGGCAAGGACAUCGGCCAGUGCUGCAACGAAUUCAUCAUGGAGGGGACGCUGACACGCGUGGGCGCCAAGCACGAACGGCACAUCUUCCUCUUCGACGGCCUGAUGAUCUGCUGCAAGUCCAACCACGGCCAGCCGCGCUUGCCUGGCGCCUCGUCCACCGCCGAGUACCGCCUCAAGGAGAAGUUCUUAAUGCGCAAGGUUCAGAUCAACGACAAGGACGACAAGGAGGGCGAGUACCGGCACGCCUUUGAGAUCAUCCUCAAAGACGGCAACAGCGUGGUGUUCGCCGCCAAGUCGGCCGAGGACAAGAAUGGCUGGAUGGCGGCGCUCAUCUCACUGCAGUACCGCUCAACGCUGGAGCGCAUGCUGGACUCGGCCAUGCUACAGGAGGAGAAGGAGGAGCAAAUGAGGCUUCCCGGGGCGGAGCUUUACCGGUUCGCCACGCCCGACUCUGAGGAGAACGUGGUGUUCGAGGAGAACGUGCAGUCCAAGUCGGGCAUCCCCAUCAUCAAGGCGGGUACAGUGCUCAAGCUCAUCGAAAGGCUCACCUUCCACAUGUAUGCAGAUCCAAAUUUCGUCCGAACAUUUCUAACAACCUACAGGUCCUUCUGUAAACCUCAGGAGCUGCUGGGUCUUCUUAUGGAGAGGUUUGAAAUUCCCGAGCCGAAGCCCACAGAGGCGGACCAGAUGGCCAUAGAGAACGGAGACCAACCUCUCAGCGCCGAACUCAAACGAUUUCGCAAGGAGUUUGUCCAGCCAGUCCAACUCAGGGUACUGAAUGUAUGUCGCCACUGGGUGGAGCACCACUUCUAUGACUUUGAGCGGGACUGUCAGUUACUCAAGUGUCUGGAGGAGUUCAUUGCAUUGGUGCGAGGCAAGGCCAUGAAGAAGUGGGUGGAGUCCAUUACCAAGAUCAUCCAGAGGAAGAAGCAAGCACAGGCCAAUGGGCCCAGCCACAACAUCACCUUCGAGAGCUCGCCACCGCUCAUCGAGUGGCACCUCAGCAAGUCGGGCCAGACAGACCAGUUUGACCUCAUGACCCUCCACCCCAUUGAGAUCGCCCGGCAGCUCACACUGCUCGAGUCCGACUUCUACAGGGCGGUGCAGCCGUCAGAGCUGGUGGGCAGCGUGUGGACGAAGGAGGACAAGGAGCUGAACUCGCCCAACCUUCUGCGCAUGAUCCGCCACACCACCAACCUCACGUUGUGGUUCGAAAAGUGUAUCGUAGAGACGGAGAACCUGGAAGAGCGGGCAGCGGUGGUGGCGCGUAUCAUCGAGAUCCUCCAGGUGUUCCAGGAGCUCAACAACUUCAACGGCGUGCUGGAGGUGGUCAGCGCCAUGAACUCCUCGCCCGUCUACCGGCUAGACCACACCUUCGAGCAAAUUCCAAGCCGACAGAGGAAGAUUCUGGAGGAGGCCCAUGAACUGAGCGAGGACCACUACAAGAAGUACCUGGCAAAACUACGCUCCAUCAACCCCCCCUGUGUCCCCUUCUUUGGGAUCUACUUGACGAACAUCCUGAAGACGGAGGAAGGCAACCCCGACUUCCUGAAGAGGCACGGCAAGGAGCUGAUCAACUUCAGCAAGCGACGGAAAGUGGCGGAGAUCACCGGGGAGAUCCAGCAGUACCAGAACCAGCCCUACUGCUUACGGGUGGAGAGCGAUAUCCGGAAGUUCUUUGAAAACCUCAAUCCAAUGGAGGACAAGGCAGAGAAGGAGUUUGCUGACUACCUGUUCAACAAGUCGCUGGAGAUCGAGCCUCGGAAUGCCCGGUCGUUGCCUCGAUUUGUGGGGCGGCGUCCGAGCGCCCUCUAUGGACGCAACGCCCCUGCUAUUAAGCCCAAGAAGUACAACUGCCCGCUCAAGUCCCCCGGCGUGCGCCCGUCCUCUGUGCGCCCGGGCACCAUGCGCCAUCCGACGCCACUGCAGAAUGAGCCGCGCAAGAUCAGCUACAGCCGCAUCCCUGACAGCGAGAUGGAGAGCGCCGCCUCUGCACCCAACUCGCCGCGCACGCCCCUCACGCCGCCGCCGGCCUCGGCUGCCUCCAGCUCCACAGAUAUCGGCAGCGUGUUCGACUCGCCCCAGGGCCCCUCCAGCCCCUUCCACUCCAACUGCGACAGCGUCUUUGCCCAGGUCUCCUUACCACACGGCCCACGGUCCUCCUCGGUUUCCUCCAUGGUGAGUCUCCACAGGAACACUGAAGACACCACCGUCCCCCCGCCUGUGCCCCCUCGCAGACGCCCCGAAUCCGCUCCCGCGGAAUCUUCCCCUUCGAAGAUGAUGUCAAAGCACUUGGACAGCCCCCCCGCCAUCCCCCCACGGCAGCCCACCACCACCAAGAUCUACUCGCCUCGCUACUCGCUCUCGACCGAGCGCACCUCCGUGUCGGAGCCGCCUGACAGCCCACCCACCCUGCCGCCGCGGGAGCCCUUGAGAACGCCGGACGUCUUCUCCAGCUCAAACAGCCCCCUGCACCUGCAGCCACCCCCGCUGGGCCGCAUCCGCAGCAGCGAACCCACGCUGAGCCAGACCUUCUUCCCACCCUCGCCGUUCGGCCCGCUCACCUCGCCGCCGCCCCCCACUCCCUCGCCCUCGCUGGGGCCGCGCAAGCACCUGCCCUCCCCGCCCUUGCCACUACUGGGGCCCAGCGGCCCAGACUGCUGCAGCGACUCAGCCCUCCUCCCUCUGGGGGGUGCAGCCGGCCCCCCUGUGCCCCCUCGCCAGAGCACCAGCAGUGCCGCCGCCCAAGCUAUACCCAAGCUCCCUCCCAAAACAUACAAAAGGGAGUCGGUGUCACACCCAUCCCUAGUGCAUCGGGACGGCCCACCCCUGCUGGAGAAUGCCAACCCCUCUUAAAAAUACUUGUAUAUGUGAUAUUGGGGAAAUCAUUGAACACUAAAGACUUUAGACUUGAACAAAAACAACAUUUAAUUGUGAUGUCGACUCUAAGAAAAAACAGACAAUGCCAGUGUAGGUUCUUAGCUACCUGGAAAAAUAAUAAUGUGCCCUUAUAAAAAAAAUACUUCAACGAAUGACGAUUGUCCUUUUUCAUUUGCGCAGACCAUUGGAGAGUCCCUAUAAAAACCCUUUUGGGGGGGGGGGUAUCUUACUGUUUGUUUGUUUUUGUUGUGUGUAUGUACAGUAUGUUGUUUGUCAUCGUACAAUGUUUAUUUCAUUUGGUUUAUUUUUUUUAAAAGUGAAUCGAUUGCAGCAUUACUUGUCAAUAAGCUCGGUGGCCUACCCAUACACAUACAGCUUGAACCGUAAUAAACCUUGAACCAGGACCACACAAGUCCACCGCACGCUGGAUGAUGGAACGAUAAAGACUGUAGACCAGUUUGAACAGACUCCAGGAGAAAUCCACAAACUUAAUAGUGUUUUAACUCACUGUGUAUGGGCUAAAGAAUCUAAUAAAGGGGCCCAUAUUGACCAGAGACGGACCAGAGAGGACUCAAGCUAUCACGGUGUUGUAAACCCAUUUCAACUCCCCAAUAACGAAUGUCUGCCGUUCAAUCCACCUCACUCAGAUUGAAAAAGGGACUUGGGACAUCAUGUUGUUAAAUGGGGUUUAAGGCUUUGUGUAGAGAGACAGUCCGAGGCAAAUGUUUUUUUUUUUUGUGCCAGUAGAUCGACCAGAGUACCAUGAUUUAAGGCAGGGUUUCCCAAACUCGGUCCUGGGUGCACAUUUAGUUUUCUGCCCUAGCACUACACAGCGGAUUCAAAUAAUCAAAGCUUGAUGGGUUGGGUAAUUGAAUCAGAUGUGUAGGUCGAGGGCAAAAAACGAAAUGUGGGGGGCCCAGGACCGAGUUUGAGAAACCCUGAUUUAAGGUACCCAUCCACACCAAAGAGGUACUUUUCAAGCAUUCAAGAAACACAAGAAGUGAUUGUUCUUAAGUUUGUGUUAGUACUUUUAUGUUCUGAUUUUAAUUCUGCCAAUGAGUAUGUAAAGAAAAUUAUGAUUGACUUCUUUAAACAAGGGAAUAAAAGUAUUUCUACCACUAUGAAA